UAUAAGUAUAACUGAUAGGAUGUGGAUCUAAUUAUUAUGGAGCCGAUUGUAAAGGUGUUUGUUCAAUGCAUAACAAUGAAAUGUGUACGUGGAUUAUUAAUGUGUACACAAUUUUAUGGCUGUACAUGUCCACCUGGUCUAACUGGUCUAUUUUGUGACGAAGACUGUAUACCGGGUAAAUAUGGUGCAGAUUGUAAACAAACAUGUUCAUCGAAUUGUCGUAACAAUAAAUGUGACCAAUAUACUGGCAUCUGUUAUCAAGGAUGUUCAGAAGGAUAUUUACCACCGUACUGUCUACAAAGUAAAAUACAAAACUUCUUGGAAAAUAAAAACUAUAAAUAUCACAAUUAAAAUUUUCA